ACACCAAAAAACAGAGUGAUUACAGAGAAGAACAAAGAGAUAAAAAGAGAGUUCUAGAGAGAGAAAGUUAGUUUCUCUCUCUCUUUCUCUCUCUACCUAUACAUACACCAUAACUGUAUUACGAUUAUAUAGUUUCAUCGCUAGAUGCAGAGAUUCUCUCGUUACGGCUGCCGGAGAAGAAGCUAGAAGCGAUCAAUUUUCAUCGCUAGAUGCAGAGAUUCUCUCGCCGGAGAAGAAGUUAGAAGCGAUCAAUGAUCUGGGUCGACGUUAUUUGAUCUGCUGCUAACACACCUCUUUACCAGAGUUUGCCUCACUUGAAUUCAUCCGGUUUUGUGGAUUCUGCAAAAUUGAUGUCACACUUGUUAAAUAGAGUGUUAUUCGCGACUGAAUUGGCGUGUACAAACUGAAAUCGACUUAAGUUAUAGUUUUCAGUUGAAGCGUUAUGGAUUUCUUUGAAGGACUUACAUAUGAGCAUGUCAAUUUCAUUUUUUCUGAAGUUACUUACCCUCAGGAGAUCCCCCAACCUACAAUAAAUACCAAUGCAUACAAGUUUGCUUAUUUUGAACCUGGAAGUUUCUCAUACUAUGACUAUUGUGACGCUUAUGCGAUUAAUGAUGAAACAUAUGGGAACAACGGCUAUAUUAGGCAAUCGGAUCAUUCUUCUACCAUGGCUAAUGAAACUACAUCUGUACAUAUGCAACAAGAUGGACAUUCAAGCUCGAAUUCCAUAGCUGAUCCGGCAGCAGAUUGUCCACAGAGUAAUCAUAACCCUGGAGAUUAUCAGGUUGUGUGGGAAGAUAAUGUUGAUCCUGACAACAUGACUUAUGAGGAACUGCUCGAGUUAGGCGAGGCUGUUGGAAGUCAAAGUCGGGGUCUAUCUCAAGAGGCUAUUUCCACGCUUCCUGUUUCAAAGUUCAAGUGCGGUUUCUUCUGGAGAAAAAAAUCAAAAAACGAGAGGUGUGUGAUCUGUCAAAUGGAGUAUAAACGAGGUGACCGCCAGCUCACUCUUCCAUGCAAACAUAUCUAUCAUGCUAGCUGUGGGAGUCAAUGGCUUAGCAUCAACAAGGCGUGCCCGAUUUGUUACAAGGAAGUGCUUGUUCAUACUCCAAAACAUUCACAGAGAUUUUGUAAGUGAACAUGUAAAAGGAGAGUGGUUUCUUUAAUUUCACUAAUACCACUGUCUUAUUUUUUAACCUUAUUCCCAUCUUAGGCUUUAGUAGGGUGAUUAUCUUGUGUGUUAAAUAAGUAUUCAGACUGAUUAUAGUUUACUUUAUAUCCAUUAUGGCACUUGAAUGAUAUGUGGUAUUAUACA